CGUCUCCGGCAAAAUGGCAACCAAGGAGUUCUACUUUGCGAUCAUUGGACACUGCGACCAGCCGAUCUUCGAGAUGGACUUCCCGGUCGGCGAGAAGAAGACGAAGGAGUCGGAAGGCACUCGGCAUCUCAAUCACUACAUUGGUCACGCCGCGCUGGAUAUUGUCGACGAGCACGCACUGACCACUUCUCAGAUGUACCUCAAGAUGGUCGACAAGUUCAACGAGUGGUACGUGAGCGCGUUCGUCACCGCCAGCCGCAUCCGCUUCAUCAUGCUUCACACACAUCGCGCCGACGAGGGAAUCAAGCAAUUUUUCCAGGAGAUGUACGAGACCUACAUCAAGCACGCCAUGAAUCCGUUCUACGAAAUUGAUGACGUCAUUGAGUCGCCGGCGUUUGAGCAAAAGGCGACACUCUACGGCCGGAAAUAUUUGUCUUGAAUUAGGGUUUUAUCAAUAUUUAUUUAUUUUAUUAUACUUCUGUGAAAAUCUUUCGGGUAUUGAUUGCGUAAAGUGCAUAAAUCUAUUGGAAUUUU